GGGAAGGCCGAGGUGGUGGGGGAAAAAAGAGAGAAAACAGAGAGGAAGAUAGAAAAUAAGUUUGAGUCAGCCAAUUUUGAGAAGAGAGCAAUCAUCCCUCACACCUCUGGGCUGAGGACACGUCCAGUCUACAACCAGGCUGAGGAGAGAAGAAGAUCUGACCACAUCAGCUGCACAGAGGCCAAACCGCUGCCACUCAGCAACAAAAACCUUGAGCAGCUCUGUUUAUAUUCACUUAACUGCUUCCUCACCUUGGACUCCACAGCCUAAAAUCCUCAAAUAAAUUCUACACUUAAAUCCCCCAGGAGCAGUUUUCUAUUGCUUCUUCAUCAAUCUCAGCAGAGAGAGAGAGAAAAAAAACUGCAACAGAAGAAGUCAUCAUCCUGAGAAAGACGUCACCCACGCUGCCCUCCAGACUGGAGCAUGUCCUGCCAGCCCUGUCACCCCUGCCGCUGAUCCAGGCGGUCAGCAUGAUCUCUCACUACCCCCUGGCCACCCUGCUGCCCUGGCCCCCAGGGCCCCAGCACCACUGUCCCGGCCUGGACAGCCCCCUGCUGCUGGAGGGGGAGGGAGGGGUCGCCCUGCAGAGGUACCAGCCACGCUCCCCAGAGAGCAGCCCGCGGACCUGGAGCUCAGUGCAGGACUGGGGGGAGGAAGUGGAGGAGGGAGCCAUUUACAACGUGACACUGAAGAGGGUUCAGAUCCAGCAGGCAGCCAACAAGGGAGCAAGAUGGCUGGGGGCGGAGGGGGACCGUUUGCCUCCUGGCCACACGGUGAGCCAGCUGGAGACCUGCAAAAUCCGGAGUAUCCGAGCUGGAACGCUGGAACGUCUGGUGGAGACAUUAUUGACGGCGUUUGGCGACAACGACCUCACCUACACCUCCAUCUUCCUGUCCACUUACAGAGCCUUUGCCAGCACUCAGACUGUCCUGCAGCUGCUGCUAGACAGGUAUGGAAGUGUGGAAGAAAAUGAGCAAGACACAGACAGAUGCCAAAGCUCUGAAACCAAAGGAGCCAUCAGAAAUGCCUUAGCCUCUAUCCUGCGUGCCUGGCUGGACCAGUGUCCAGAAGACUUUCAGGAGCCCACAGACUACCCCUGCCUCCACAGAGUGAUCGACUACCUGCAGAAGACCCUUCCAGGCUCGGAGCCCCUCAGGCGGGCACAAAGUCUGCUGGAGCAGCUGCAGAGUCAGGCCAGCAGUGAAGACACUGAUGCUGGUUUCCAUGGCAACAAUUCUUUCUGUCUCGGGGAGGAAGAGGAAGUAGAGAUUGAAGUUCAGGAGGACUUCCUUUCGUUUAAGGCUGACCUGGUAGCCGAGCAACUGACAUACAUGGACGCGCUGCUGUUUAAGAAGGUGGUCCCCCACCACUGUCUGGGCUCCAUCUGGUCUCAGAGGGACAAGAAGCAGAACAAACACAGUGCCCCCACCAUCCGUGCCACCAUCACCCAGUUUAACGCCGUGGCAGCCUGCGUGGUCAGUACGGUGCUGAAAUGUAGACAGAUACGGCCGCACCUCAGAGCACGGGUCAUCCAGCGCUGGAUAGACAUCGCUCAGGAGUGCCGUAUACGUAAGAACUUCUCGUCUCUGCGAGCUAUUGUCUCGGCGCUGCAGUCCAACCCUCUGUACAGGCUGAAAAGGGCAUGGGCCUGUGUGCACAAAGACAGCAUGCAGACGUUCGAGGAGCUCUCAGACAUUUUCUCAGACCACAACAACUACCUGACCAGCAGAGAGCUGCUCAUGAGGGAAGGCACAUCAAAGUUUGCCAGUCUGGAGAACGGUGCCAAAGAGCACCAGAAACGUACCCACAAGAGGCUACAGCUGCAGAAGGAAAUGGGAGCAAUGCAAGGAACAAUACCGUACUUGGGGACUUUUCUGACCGAUCUGACCAUGUUGGAUACAGCCUUGCCAGACCUAGUAGAGGGUGGUCUGAUCAACUUUGAGAAGAGACGCAGGGAGUUUGAGGUGAUAGCUCAGAUCAAGCUGCUCCAGUCAGCCUGUAACAGCUACUGUCUGUCUCCUGACCCGGCUUUCCUCCGCUGGUUCAAGAGCCAGCCGCAGCACAGCGAGGAGGAAAGCUAUGCCUUGUCUUGUGAGAUCGAGGGCCUUGGCGACAGCAGCCCGACGUCACCCAAACCUCGAAAAAGCAUGGUGAAGAGACUCAGCCUGCUGUUUCUGGGAGCAGACUCGUCGACAGCCAGCUCUCCAGUCAGAGAGAUGCCACGUUCUCCCCCUACUGGCAGCUCAGGGGAGAGCAUGGACUCUGUCAGUGUGUCCUCCAGUGACUCAAGUAGCCCCUCAGACAGUGAGGGGCUCACCCCAAUACACGCCUCAGACACCCAGCAGAACAAGCUAUCAGAGUCCUCCUCUUGUAAUUCUCUACACUCCAUGGACACUAGCUCGUCUUCAGCCAGUGUUUCGAUGACGCCCGCAUCUCCCUCACUCCCCGGCACCACCUGCACCCACAGACGCUCCAUCUCCCUUACGCCCUUGUCCCCUAGCUCGCCAAGCCAGCCCCCAGCCUACAACACCCAGGCGCAGGAUGCCUGUAUCAUAAGAGUGAGUCUGGAGCAAGGCAACGGGAACCUCUACAAGAGCAUACUGUUGACCAAUCAAGACAAGACUCCAGCUGUAAUUUCUCGAGCCAUGGCCAAGCACAACCUGGAGGUGGAGCCAGAGGACGGAUACGAGCUGGUACAGGUCAUCUCUGAGGAGCGAGAGCUGGUGAUCCCCGACAACGCCAAUGUAUUUUAUGCGAUGAACACCUCGGCUAACUUCGACUUCCUGCUUCGGGUGCGAGGCUCGGUGGGGCGACCUGUUCAGCUGCGGAGCCGGUGUAGUUCCACGCUUCCUCGCACGCAGCACCGCUCCAGCCUCUCCCUCAGACUCAGCAAAGUGACUCUGUGACGCCGGACUCUGGACUGUAGAGUUUCGACCCAGCAGUUUGCCCUUACACCCCCAACCAAGAACAAUACAGGGCAUGGGCUGGAUGUUGACUGUAGCAUAUGAAGUGGAGAGGCCGAGCGGUUUGGGGAUGAAUGGAUAAACGCACCCUGGAUCCAAGAUGGGCCCAGUCGAAAUUGUCGCGUUAAGACUCUUAAAGAGCUCCACUUUGACUCUUAGCUUGCCAGUCAAGUCUCACCCUGAACUGUCCCACACCACCCCACUCUUUCAGCCCUUCACCCAUCCCUAACCCGGACCCUGCUAUGGACCACGGAUGUAUAGUGUGACUGCUGUGCCAGUUGGACUAGAGACGUUUGACUAGCAAUGCCCGUGACAGAGUGAAACAGCGACUCCAAGUGGCCGCCACUCAUCACAACAAGAAGUUUUUGCACAUAUUGCAGGAGCAGCCUAACUCCUGACCUCCAACAGUAUUUUCAUUUUAACAAACUCCUUUUGUCCUGUGAUGUCUGUGUAGCUGAAUUUUCCGACUCUGGUGGUCGAUGAAGGGAGAAAUGGAUGGAAGUUUGGAUGGACAGAUGGAUGGAUGAAUUGAAGGAGAGGUAGAUUGAGUGUCCAGUCCUGUUGCCUUUCGUUGAUGAAUGAAUGGACUUCUGUCAGUAUAUUGUGAAUGACUGAUUUAUUGACAGGAGCUGUGAUUUCUCUAUUUUCCCUUCUCUGCCUUGUUUACCUGUGAUGUUCGCCAUGUGCACAGUGUGCACGGUGUGUCCUUCCCCUCUCAUAUUGUGAGCUGUGUGACGAAUGCAGUGUAUUUGCAUUCUGAUUGGUUCCGUUACUUGGUUUUAACAAGUCCUUGACAAAAUAUUGAGAUGGCCUUAGCUGCCCUAUCUCUAGGGUGCAGAAACUCAGUUUGUGUUGCAUUCUAAUCCAGGAAACAGUUCCCUAGCACCUCCCGGUUAUCCACUUUAUCAGUCCCUUCCUAAAUAAUUUUGGCUCAUGCUUGUAUCACAUUGCUACAAUUAAAUGUCACAAGUGUUCAUAAAGCAAAUCCACAAGAACAACAGAGGAGCAGAGGGAACUGACUGGAAUAGAAAGCACCACGCGAAAUGUGUCAAAACUGAUGCCUACUUGUACCUCCUUGCCCUUCAUUAUCUGAGCUAUAGAGUUGCACUUGUUAGUGGCUAGGAGUUUCCAACGGGAUGUGAAUGUGGAGGAAUGAGCAAGCCACUCUGAUAAUGGUUUACUCCCUCUUCAGUAAAUGUGUUAUUGUGUAUGUUUGUUAAUGUUGCUUUUUAUAUGUUUUUGUAUCACAAGACAGGCCAGAACUGUGUAUCGGCUUGGAGAGCAAUAGCGGUUUUUUUUUUACACGAAAAGGAAAUGAGUUCAGAUAAUGUCAGGAGAAAAAAAAAAGAAGAAGAAAAGCCA